AUGGCUGGUAUUGACGAGGCAAAACACACACAACCGGGCGCCGGUAGAGGUCUCCAUCGCAUCAAAAAGGAGAGAACUACCGAUUUCAACACUAUCGUCCAUCCAAAGCGUUCUAAAAGAAUCCUGCCGACAUACCCCAAGAAAGACUUCAACCCCUGCUUUGUGACAGGUGAUGGGGGUAUGGGUCCAGAAUUGUUUCAUGAACUUUUCGACGAUACGAUAGCCGAUAUUUUCAUGAUGGACCAAAAGAACGAAUUCGAGCCAAGACAGUCCCCUGCUAGUGACUUGCAGACCUUGUAUGAAACAACGCCUAAGAGGCACAUCCAAGACUGUUCACAACCGGCCACACCUUGCACUCCUUUCUGUUGCAAUCGGACACCACAAAACGACCAUGCUCCCAAUUACCCGCAGAUUGGCUUGAGGUGGGAAGUUAAUGGCUUUGAUACCAAGGUGAAAUGGGAGCGGAAACCAAGAAUUGAAUCCAUCAAGGCGGUGUUGGAGCAAAGAUUUGGCCCUGGCAAAGACUAUGAGGUCAAGCACAUAUGUGACGGCACAUACAACAAGUUCUACUUCGUGGGCUUUGAAGGCAAAAAAUAUGUGAUGAAAGUCACGCUUCCCGUCUGUCCUCGAACGAAAACUGAAGGGGAAGUGACCGCCCUUCGGUGGACAGCAGCAAACACCAACCUCACGUGCCUGGUCCCAAGAGUUAUCGACUAUAGCUCUUCAGCAAAAAACCCUAUCGGAUGUGAGUGGAUACUCAUGACGCGCCUCGAAGGCGUACCUCUUUCGUCGUGUUGGCGUGAAGUCUCACUAGGAUCGAAAGAGCGCAUUGUCAAAGCCCUGGCGGAGUAUUCGCAUGAUACUUACCGACAAAAUUUCAGACAAAUUGGCAACCUUUUCCCUGCCCCUCUUCCGUGCCGUGGAAGAAGAUAUCAGGUCGGCAGGAUCUCCUCCAUGCGCCUUUUCUGGGGUAAGAGAUUGGAGGUUGGGUCAUUGAAUGGACCUUUCAGAACGAGCAAGGAGUGGACGCUCCGUCGCCUUGUUGUUUCACAUGAAAAUCUUCGGAAACAAUUCCAAAGCAUCAAGCAUUGGCCAGAUAGGCAACGAAACCUCUGGUGGCGUAUGGUGGGUAUAAGUGGGCCUGAUUCUCAGCUCUGGCGAUUGCAUGAUACAUUGUUUUCACCUCUGAAGCAAAACGACGAAGAAGGUCAGACAGAGGGGCAUGAGGUCAGAGUCAUUGGAAGUCCCAAACUACUUCCAUCCUCUCUUAUGCCUGUAUCUGUCCAGAAUUCCGACGAGGAUGAUGACUCUGAAGAUACAGACAGCGAUUUCUAUAUGACUGAAGAGGAUGAUAAGCAUUUCGAGCAGGCAGAUAACGAAAAAUCUGGUGAAAUACGCUCAGAUCAGACUGGGAAUCAGCAAAGCGGCAUAUCGCCGCAAAGACAGAGUAAUACCACCUGCCCAUGUAAACAACCUGCUCAUAUAGACGCCGACCACACUACGACGGAGAAUGACGGACAACGAACCCUUCCAACAACACCCUCCGAAAUCGAAGUUCAGAGUGCUAUUCACAGACGAGAUUAUGAGCUGCAACGUAGCCCUCACCAAGUAAGAAGUAACCAGGAUCUUCAGGAAAUAUCAGCGCAAGAGACUUCGGCCGAAUACAAAGCACGACUGGCACGAGAAUUUGGAAACUGGGAGCCUCUUUGCCCGGAUGCAGAAGACCUCAUUCAAGAUGAGCAAAACAACAACCUGGGAACUGAGCCGACAAUUAUCUGGCACGAUAAUCUCUCCGCUGAUAACAUACUUGUUGAUCCCAAGGCCCAUACUUUGACAGGCAUAUUAGACUGGGAUUGUGUGUCGUGCCUUCCUGUUACUUUGGCUUGUGAUUGGCCAGCAUUACUUCAUGAGGGCAAGCAUCGAACAACGGAGCCUGAAAUCAAGGAUCAUGUUGUCUUUGUGCCAGAAGAUGACAGGGAAGAUUGGCAACCGCCGUUCGAUCCGCUCAAUAACCAGACCGAGAUUAGAGAACAGCAGCGAGGUCAUCUAGCCCUUAGGUCAAGCUACUGGCGUGCAAAACGUGACUUCGAACUCACAUAUCUCCGCAAGGUAUUCCUUCAGGAGAUGUAUCACAGAUGCCCAGCCUGGUACAACACUUGGAAAGGGUCUCAAGUCCGGAAAGAUUAUGAGGCUGCAGUUCAGAACUGUGACAACGAGUACAUGAUUCACAAGGUGGAAGCUUGGGUUGAGGCUGUUGAGAUUGCCCUCCAAAAGGGGCAGGAUAUAAAGGCGCCGCAAGUACCGAGUCUCCACUGUUCGAUCUAUGAAGGUCCGGACUGGAAAGAUUGGGCCGACUUGGACGACCUGAGUGCCGGGUGGAUGAAGGUCAUCCGCGAACCUGAGAAGCGGAUGCAGCAGUGGCACAGUGACAUGGUGGCGCUGGAAGCUGCGAAAACAGUAAUUCCGGGUGCAAAAGGCGCGGCUACCAACGCCGCACGAAAAUUUUCAAAGGCUAAGAAGGACUUGAUGAAGCUGAAAGAAGCUUUCAAACAAGCCUCGAACGACUCGCGGCUUCUCGAGGGUCUAGAUCAUCAAGGACUUGACACACAGGAACUGGAACGCUUGCGCCACGAAGCCAGCGUUAGACUGAACGAAUCUGCCAACGCCACCACCAAAGCCGAAGACAAGUUGGCAGAACUAGAACUUAGAGCUAUUGUUGCUGCACAGAAGUUUAAUACCGCUCUGGUCAAAGCAAUGGCUGCGAAGGAGAAGGUCGACACCAACAGAGAAUUCCAGGAAUCCCGCCAAGAAAAGGAAUUCAACCUUCAGACGUGGAAGAAUCUCGAAAAAGCUCUGGUCAAAAGCUACGGAAAGAAAAAGACCAGCGACUGGUGGGAGCACAGACUUGAACCCCUUGGCUACUGUGUGAGGAAAAGGAAGCCCAACGCGGUACCUAGGACCGGAGAAUCAAGUGAAAUCAAAGCCUCAGAAGACGAGGGGACAGGCGACGUGGAGUCAGAGAUUUCGGAAGAGGAGUAA